GACUAUGCUAACAUUCAAUCGUCCACUCCAAUCAAGACAACCCCAUAUCUCUAGUGGCAAUCCAGUAGCGCGCCGCCUCUGGCCGUCCGCCGUCGUCGCCCUCUCCCUCGUCCUCGCCCGUCGCACGUGUUGUGUGAUCCAGGUGACUCUGCUUCCCUCCCUUCCCAUCGCCAUCUCUCUCUCCGCACUAUGGCCCUCGAUUUGAUUCGGGUCUGAGCACUUCAUCCCAUUCCCCGCCCCAGAUCACGCCCACCGCUGUCCUGUUCGCCUUCCGCCGUGCCAUCCCAUAUCCACCGUGCUCCCCACCCUCCCUACUCCUCCCCGUUGGGUGCUGACCUUUUUCCCUCUCUUACGGAAAUCAUGCUUCAUCUGGUGAUGUUCUUAAUAUGGAGCAACGGAUAAGCUUAUCCGUGUGUCAGUUUCUCUAAUAUCUAAGUAGGGUUUCCCACCGUCCCCCGUUACGUCUAGUAUGCCAUUAGUUUUAGGCUGUGUCUGAUCCAUUAAUGGCACUGCAACCAAGACGUGCCAUCGUCCAGUCGCACCAUCACAAGAGCCGACAAAGGGUACCAUACUCUUUUUUGACAGUGAAUCAACUGACACUGUUUGCACCCAGAGAUAGAGAGAUAGAACAAAUACACAACAAUUUUGUAAAAAAAAAGUCAGUCCUAUGUGUGGGGAUUUCAGAAAUUACAAGCAAAUCAUUUUUUUUUCUUUAACAAGUUGCAGCAAGAAACUUCUUUCGAGGAGCGAAACAUGCACCUCGACAUUGGUGGCGGCAUUUAUUUUGUUCUUGAUUUGCCUUUCCCAAUAGCUACGAUGCACACUACUAUUCAACUCCGCACACCAUUUCUGCUCAGUGAGCAUAAUUCACACACCAAUAAUCUUGCUCCUAGCAGCGGCCAAAGGCAGAUCCAUGGAGGUUAUGACUGGGGCACUACCGAGCCUCAUCCCCAAGCUUGCUAAUCUAGUCGCUGGUGAGUACAAUCUGCAAAAGGGUGUCAAAGGGGAUAUCAUGUUCCUCCAAGAAGAGCUUGAGAGCAUGAGGGAUGCACUCGAGGAGAUCUCCAAGGUUCCAGCAGACCAGCUUCCCAACAGAGAUAAGAUUUGGGCUAGGAACGUGAGAGAGCUCUCCUACGACAUAGAGCCCAAGAUUCGCCAUAAAAUGGCUACUGAAAUUAGGACGAUCAAAAGGCGCAUCGUUGAGGUGCACGAACGACAUAUCAGGUAUGAAAUUAAUCUUGGUCCUGAUAAGCUUGGCAAUGCUGCUGUAGAUCCCCGAAUAUUUGGUCAGUACACAGAGCUGAAAGAGCUUGUUGGCAUCGACGAGACAAGAGAUGAGUUAAUCGAUAUUAUGAUGGAAGGGAAUGUAGUCCCCAUGAAGCAAGGCAAGAUAAUUUCCAUUGUUGGAUUUGGGGGGCUUGGAAAAACAACUCUUGCUAAUGCUGUUUAUGAGAAGAUAAGAGCAUUGUUCGAUUGCUGUGCAUUUGUUUCAGUGUCUCAAACUCCUGACUUGAAGAAAUUAUUCAAGAGUUUGCUCUAUGAUCUUGGCAAGUACAUCAAUGAAGAAUCGUUGGAUGAGAGACAGCUCAUCAAUGUACUCAGAGAAUUCCUUCAAGAGAGAAGGUAUUUAAUUGUUAUUGAUGACAUAUGGGACAUCUCAGUCUGGAAAAUGAUUAGAUGUGCUUUACCAGACAAUGAUAUCGGGUACAUUAUUGUUACAACCACACGCAUUUCCGAUGUUGCUGAAAAAGUUGGUGGUGCUUAUAAGCUAAAACCUCUUUCAUUGAACAACUCUCGAGAAUUAAUGUAUAAGAUAAUAUUUGGGAACGAAAAUAGAGAAAACACUAAAGACAAAGAAAUAUGUUUAGAUGAGGAGCUUGCAGAAGUAUCAAAUAAAAUACUAAAGAAAUGUGCCGGUGUGCCCCUAGCUAUUAUUACGAUGGCUAGUGUACUAGCUUGUAAAGCAAGAAAUGAAAUGGAGUGGUAUGAGGUGUACAACUCUAUUGGUGUUGGCAUUGAGAACAAUCUAGAUGUGGGGAAUAUGAGAAAGAUUUUGUCAUUCAGCUAUUACGAUAUGGCAUCCCAUCUCAAGACAUGUUUAUUAUACUUAAGUAUGUUUCCAGAAGAUUAUAAAAUUGAGAAAGAUCGUUUGAUAUGGAUGUGGAUAGCUGAAGGCUUUGUCCAAUAUGUGAAACAAGGGAAGAGCCUAUUUGAGCAUGGAGAGAGUUACUUCAAUGAACUCAUAAACAGAGGUAUGAUCCAACCCAUAUAUAACCAAGCUGGCAUGAUAUAUGAAUGUCGUGUGCAUGAUAUGGUGCUUGGUCUUAUAUGUUCCUUGUCAAAUGGAGAAAAUUUUGUUACAACAUUAAAUGGUUUGGGUCACGGAUCUCCAUCAAAUAUGAUUAGGAGAUUAUCAGUUCAAAAUGGCAAUGAGAGUCAAGCUAUGACUCUGCAAACCAGAAACUUGCAGCAAGUAAGGUCGGUUGUUGCCUUUCCGGAUGCCACCGCUAGUGUAGUUACGGUCUUGAGGAGCUUCCGAGUUCUACGUGUACUAGAUUUACAAGAUUGUGACCUUUCACAAUGUUGCAGCCUGAAGUACCUUGGGAAUCUAUUUCACUUGAGGUAUCUAGGACUAUGUAACACAAGUAUUACACAGCUCCCUGAAGAAAUUGUAAACUUGCAACUUCUACAAAUACUGGAUGUAUGGAACAAUAAAAUGUAUUGCCUACCCUCAACUAUUGUGCAGCUGAGAUAUUUGAUGUGCCUUUACAUUGAUGGUUUUACUAGAGUGCCAAACGGGAUUGGGAGCCUAACAAGCCUUGAAGAACUCACAUUUCUAGGCAUUUAUGACUCCACUGUGGACAUUAUAGAAGAGCUGGGCCAGCUAACGGAGCUACGGGUACUGCAUAUCGUUCUUUUUGGUGAAUGGAACGACAAGCUGGUGGAGUGCCUGCACAAGCUGAAAAAGUUGAAAUAUCUAUAUAUCAAGGACCGCAGUGGUCAACUUAACAUUGGUGGUUUGGAUGCCUGGGUAGCCCCUCCAAAUCUCCAAAUAUUGAAUACGCGAUCGGGUUGCUGGUUCACCACACUGUCAGCAUCAGCAUGGAUGAAUCCAUCUCUUCUUCAGGACCUCUCCUUAUCUACCACCGUGAGGGAGUUGCAGCAGGAUGACAUUAUAAUUCUUGGGAGUUUGCCAGCUCUCCGCUAUCUAAAUCUGAUGAUUGUUGGUGAGGAUUUGGGAGUUCACAAUGAAAUCCAUGGGGAAUGCAUUGUUGGUGCUGGUUUGUUCCCAUCCCUAGUAUACUGCCAGCUCUGGGGAAAUGUGGCGCCUAUAGUGUUUCAGCGAGGAGCCAUGCCACGGCUCAGAACCCUUGACUUUCGGUUAUCUGUUCAAGAGGUGAGAGGAAUCAACGGCAGGGAUGGUGGUAUCGACUUGGGCCUCAGGAACCUGCCAUCACUCCAGAAGGUUUGGGUUCAUUUGGACCCUGAGGGCGCUAACAAGGCAGAGGUGAAGGAACUGGAGGCUGAGUUGACGCGUGCCAUCAAAAUUCAUCCAAAUCAUCCUCAGCUGUAUGGAAUUCAGGAUGAAGAUGCAGAUGAUGAAUGAUGCACUGGAGAAAAGAUUACCAAUUAUGCAGAAGCUAGUGCACUUUCAACUUUCAUGGCACUGGUCUCAAGGAUUGUCUGAUUCAGAUGGAUUACUUCUGUUUCUGUCUCAGAUUCAGAAUGUGAUGUCCACCCCAAUCAUCCAACCCUUAAGGAACAUGGUGUCAUGGUGAUGAAGAUGUAAGGAGCCAACUUGUGAUCAUCCGCUGGAAAAUGGAAGAGCAAUCUGGUGGCCUGAUGGACUAGCAAACCUGGAAGUAAGUACAAACAAAACACGAGACAGAGACACAGAGUCGGGCCUAAGAUUUAGCAAAACUGAUGCUGGGUUGGGUAUGUAUGCCCUGUUUGGUGUGCUCUGAUCAGAGGAUGACAUUUACAGAAUUAAAGCGUAGUGUGGCAAUGUGGCAGCCUGGGGAAACCUGCAACUGGCGAUCUGGAGGUCUGGAGAGAACAAAACGCCAGUGACAGUUGGGGCUUAGGCUUGGCAAGCCUAAUAUUGCAAUAGCACAUAUGAAUAACGGUUGUUUGUUGCGACUGGAAGUCCUGUUUGGUUUUUUUACAUAGUGUUUGCUGUUUUCACUCA